AGCGAAUCCUGCCUGUUGCAUGUAAUCAAUUUCUUUUUUUGCUUCAAUAUGAUCGUAGACGUGAGUCGUGAUGCGUGAGGGUGGUUCGGACGCAUGAGACAAAUAAGUGCGUGAAGCAGCCCAGGGGGUGGCAGUAAGAAGCCAAUUAGGUGCAGCCCGGGUCUUAUUCGAGCAGGCUGGUCCGCGUAAAUUGAACAACCUCUAAUCCAACAAAUUCCCAAAGUUCAAGACAGCCGACUUCGACCUGCGACACGUUAUUCAACCUCCAUUCAAAAUGUCGCAUGAACCUACAAUAGACGACGAGGACUACGCCUCCUCCGAGGAUUCAGACUUCGCACCGGAGGAAGCACCAGAGCGCGGCGACGACGCCUCCUCGGACGAUGAAGACGAACCCGCCGGCGAUGCUGGCGCCCCAGCGCCCGCGAAACGGAAACGGAAAACACAAGCUGGCGAUGCCGAGGGUGCAGAGGACGCGGGUUUCGAGAACUCGGGCGACGAGGCGAUCAUCGGGAGGGGCAAGAAAAAGCAGAAGAGCCGCCAGGCGCAGCGCGACGAGGAUGAGGGCGGAGAGGGCGGCUUGAUCAAGACGCGGAGCAUGCGCGCCGUGGAGAAGGCAGAGCGCAAGAUCCAAGCAGCGAGUGGGCCGGUGACUGUCGAUGUCGACGCACUCUGGGCUUCCAUGACAGCCGCGCCCGUCGUUCCUACGAAACAACAGCCUCAGACGGACUCGAAGGGCGAGAACGGCGAUGCUGCUGCAGGUCCAGGGGACUCGAACGCACAGGCGGCCAACGGCAAGGAUGGCGAUCCAAGCGAGAUGAUCAAGAUCAAGCGGACGUACAACUUCGCCGGCAAGGUGCACACCGAGGAGAAGAUGGUGCAGCGCGACUCAGCCGAGGCUCGGCUCUACCUCGCGUCCCAGGGCGAGGACGCCGCCGCCGACGCCGACGCCGAAGACGACGAGCCGGACAAGCGGAUGCCGCGCAAGGCCUUCCGGUCGGCCUUCGAGCCCGUGGCCCCCGCGGAGCAGGGCCUGCACCAGCGGUCCGACCUGAACCUGGGGAUGGCCUCGCGGCUGCAGGCGAGGCAGGACAAGGACAAGGCCAAGAAGCUCAACACGGUGGAGAAGUCGCGCAUGGACUGGGCCGGGUUCGUGGACAAGGAGGGCAUCAAGGACGAGCUUGCGCUCGCGGGCCGGGCCAAGGGGGCCUUUGCCGACAGGCAGGACUUCCUCGCGCGCAGCGAGGCGAGGAGGGACGAGGAGGCGAGACGGGUCAGGAUCGCCUCCAAGGUUUGAGGGUGUACGGUGUUAUACUACUACUAACGUGACCUGGUUUUGUGGCUACAAAAAUGGUGCAUGGAUGGAAAUACUGUUUCAUGGAUUAUGAGCGGCGCAGGACAUCACAAAAUGCUUAUAGAGAUACCCCAGUUUGUAAAUAGAAGAACCGCUUGAUUAUUG